AUGCUGGAGGAAAACAUCACUCUGGUCAGCGAGUUCAUCCUGGUGGGCUUCCCCACUGCCCCGUGGCUUCAAGUCCUGCUCUUCUUCCUCUUCCUUGUGGUCUAUCUGCUGGUGGCAGUGGAGAAUCUUGUCAUCAUGCUUGCGGUUUGGGUCACUGGCUCCCUCCAUAAGCCCAUGUACUAUUUCCUGAGCAGCUUGUCUUUCCUGGAGGUCUGGUAUGUCUCCGUCACAGUCCCCAAGAUGCUAGAUGGAUUCCUCCUGCAGAGACGGCACAUUUCCUUCACAGGUUGCAUGACCCAGCUCUACUUCUUCAUUUCGCUUGCCUGCACAGAAUGUGUGCUUCUAGCAGCCAUGGCCUAUGACCGCUAUGUGGCCAUCUGCCACCCUCUCCGGUACCCAGUCAUCAUGACCACAGGUUAUUGUGCACAGCUGGUGACUUCCUCCUAUAUGACUGGUUUCAUGGUCUCUGUCAUCAAGGUCUGUUUCAUUUCACAUGUCACCUUUUGUGGUUCCAAUGUCAUGAACCACUUUUUCUGUGACAUCUCACCAAUCCUGAAACUGGCCUGCAAAGACAUGUCCACAGCUGAGCUAGUGGACUUUGCCUUAGCUAUUUUCAUCCUUGUCUUCCCUCUUACCACCACCGUCCUUUCCUAUGUCUACAUUGUCUCUACAAUUCUGCAUAUACCCUCCACCCAAGGAAGGAAGAAAGCCUUCUCCACCUGUGCAUCCCACCUCACUGUAGUCAUAAUUUAUUACACAGCCAUGAUUUUCAUGUAUGUUCGGCCCAGAGCUAUUGCAUCAUUUAAUUCCAACAAACUAAUCUCAGCUGUGUAUGCAGUCCUCACACCCAUGCUAAAUCCCUUCAUCUACUGCCUUAGGAACCAGGAAGUCAAGAAUGCUAUCAAAAAGACUACUGUGGGAUUUGGUCAGUGCGUCCUGCUUAGCUGA